AGAGAUGCCUCAGAGUGGUGACAGUCAUAUUAUGAUACAAGCAGCCCACUGACUAUUCUGUGAAAAAAACUGAAUACCCUCUCUCUCUCCAGUGGAGAGAGAAAUCUCUCUGUGACUGUGCUUUUACAAGAGAGAGAUGUCAGAAGUAGCAGUGGCAGCACCAUGAUCAGAACCAUUAGUUUUAUCCAUGUCAGAAGAUUCUGCAGCACCAAUGGUCCCUGAAAUAAAUAUAUACCUACUACUACUACAAACACAUUAUACUCGCUUCUUUCUAUAUGUAUCUUCUUGAAACACUUAUACUCAAGCUUCCCUUUUUCCUAGUUUCUUCAACUGUUUGAGAAAUUUCAAAGAUUCUUUCAAGAAUAUGAUGAGUCUGAGUAGUCCUGCUGGUGCAAGAAGUAACACUAGGUAUCCAUUCACUGCUUCACAAUGGCAAGAGCUUGAGCACCAAGCUCUCAUUUUUAAGUACAUGGUUUCUGGUAUGCCUAUCCCUCCUGAUCUCCUCUUCACUAUCAAGAGAAGCAUGGACCCCAACAAGCUCAUCCUUCACCAACCUCAACAUAUGGGAUGGAACUGUUUCCAGAUGGGGUUUGGGAGAAAAAUAGACCCGGAGCCAGGGAGGUGUAGAAGGACUGAUGGGAAGAAAUGGAGGUGCUCAAAAGAAGCUUACACAGAUUCCAAGUACUGUGAGAGGCACAUGCACAGAGGUAGAAACCGUUCAAGAAAGCCUGUGGAAACAACAACAAUGUCAUCAGCAACAAACAGCAGGGACAUUUCUUUGCCUACUGCAAUACCUAUCUCAUCAAGAAACAACUCAAAUAGUCCUUAUAAUGUCACACAAACCAACUCAACAUCAGUAGCUUCUUAUGGCACCAACCCACUUCAUAAUACUUCCAUUUAUGCACACUCACCAUUUUCAAGAUCCUCUGGGAUUGGCUUGGACUCUGGUCUUUAUUCCCACACAAACAAAGACUUCAGGAACAGCAGCUAUGGUCAUGGGAUGAGAGAAGAUAUUGAUGAGCACCCAUUCUUCUCAGAAAGUUCAGGAACUGUGAGAAGCAUGUCUGGUUCAUCAGUGGGUGAUUCUUCUUGGCACUUGGAGCCACUAACAGUGGGUGGUUCAGCAUUCAGACAGAAGCCUUGUUCUGCUUCACAAAAUGGCUACUCUUACUUGCAGCUCACCUCCAAAGAGAAACAAGAUGACCAACAGUACUAUCUGCUAAACGAUGAAUCCUCACUCAAAAUGGAGAGAGAUGAUGAACCACAGAAAGUAAUGCACCAUUUCUUUGAUGAAUGGCCUAAAACCAAAGAAUCUUGGCUUGAAACUGAUGAUAAGUUGUCCAACCAUGCCCAAGUCUCCACAACUCAGCUCUCCAUAUCCAUGCCUAGCUCUGCUCACCACAACUUCUUCAUGUCAAAUAAUGAUAAGUGAGAGUUUUGCAGAGGCCAAAAGAGUACUUGCAUGGUGGUGGGUCAGUGGUUUUAUGUUUCUAGCAUAAGAUGAACAGUAACAACUCUUUUAUCUUGUUUGUACAAAAGGGCUUUGUUCAGAAGGCUUGGUUUGUUUGAAUUUUGUGUGAUGUAGUAGGAGUAAUUGAGAGCAAAGCAUGUGCUUCUCUCACAUUAUAUUCUGUUGCUAGUACCAAUAAUCUUUAGUUUUAAGACAAGCAGCUCUUAACAUUUUGGCACAUUGACUCUUUUGGCUCUUGCUAUAGUAAGCUUUUUAAACACUAGUUAAAGCUUCUCAUCUGCUGCAGCACUGAGGCAGAGAUUGUAGGGCCCUGUUAGUAACGAGCCUUUUGUUUUUGCUACUGUAUUGUUUCUACUUAUCUCAUGUUGUAGUUGUACCAUCUUUCCAAGCAAAUUUUGGGGAA